AUGUGCCACUCUCACAACGACUACUGGCGGCGGGAACCUUUGUACAGCGCGAUUCAUGUGGGGUGCACGGGCGUCGAAGCAGACGUGUGGCUUUUCGGCAACGAGCUAUACGUGGCACACAGAACGUCAAGCAUACGACCAAACAGAACGCUGGACACUCUGUAUUUGAGUCCCCUGAAAGAGAUCCUCGAUCACAAAAAUAUGAUUCCUGAUCUCCUGGGUCCGGGCGACGUGAUCAACACCCCGCGCUAUGGCAUCUUUGACACCAAACCCAGGCAGUCUCUUGUUCUUCUGGUGGAUUUUAAGAAUAAGCCGGACGAGAUCUGGAACCGUGUUGAUGCCCUGCUCGCACCCUUCCGCGACAGGAGGUACCUCACUUAUUUUAACGGAUCCGAUGUGGUCAGCGGACCGUUGACUGUUGUGGUCUCGGGCGAUGCACCCUUCAACCGUGUCAUCGAGAAUUCAACAUAUAGAGACAUUUUUUAUGACGCUCCCCUGCACGACUUGGAUUCCUUGCCAGGUAUUCCUUCUCUCUCUCCGCCACCUGCGGCGGUAUCAAAUAUCCAUGUCGACGACAUGCCACCAUCGACUGAGCCACUUUCUCAACCACCCGCCGAUCCGUUGAGCAGCUACUCCCUCUAUAACUCAUAUUAUGCUUCUACUUCUUUUCGGCGCUCAAUCGGCUACCCCUUCCACUCCUCGCUCACCCAGCCUCAACUCGACAAGAUUCGACGGCAGAUCCGUGCCGCCCACGCUAGGGGUCUCAAAGUUCGCUAUUGGAGUAUUCCCCCUUGGCCCAUUGGAUUGAGAGACUACCUCUGGAGAGUGCUGGUGAGAGAGGGUGUAGAUUAUUUGAGUGUCGACGAUAUUGAGGACGUCAGGCGCAAGGACUGGGGCCCGAGGAAAGGGGGGUGGGGGAAGAAAUGGUGGAGGUGA